GUACCAGGCUGCUGGGCUUCAUCUUAUAUCAGGUCGGUCGGAAUCGAACAAAUCUUUCGAUAUUAUUUCCUCUUCCAGAUUCCAAAUCCUUGCGAUGGCGCGUGAUGCUGAUGGAGUUGGGUGUUCUUCAAGCUCUUCUGGUUCAACUAAGAGAAGGAAGUAUGAUGUGUUUUUGAGCUUUCGAGGGGAAGAUACUCGGAAAAAUUUUACUGAUCAUUUGUAUGCUGCUUUAAAACGUAAAGGAUUAAAAACUUUCCGGGACGAAGAAGAACUUGAAAGGGGAGAAUCUAUUAAUCCAAGUUUAGUACAAGCAAUUGAAGAAUCUCGUUCUACAAUUAUUGUGUUCUCCCCAAAUUAUGCUUCUUCAACUUGGUGUUUGAAUGAGCUUCAAAAGAUCCUGCAAUUAAAGGAAGAGACAAGUCUUCAAGUAUUUCCGAUAUUUUACGGUGUAAAUCCUUCUGAUGUUAGGAAACAAAAGGGAAGUUUUGCAGAUGCCUUCAUAAGGCAUGAAGAAAGAUUUGCCGAAGACAAAAUAAAGGUGCAAAAGUGGAGAGAUGCUUUACAAAAAGUUGCUUCUUUAUCUGGUUGGGACUCCAAAGAUCAGUAUGAAAGCGAAUUCAUUGAAAACAUUGCUGAAAAAAUGGAGUCAAAGUUACGUGAUAAAUCAGCAUCUGGUCAUGGCAAAUUAAUUGGAAUUGAGCCAAAAUUAGAUGAAUUGAAGUCAAUGGUAGCAAGGGAAUCAAAAGGAGUUGAGUUUAUAGGAAUAUGGGGCACAGGCGGCGUGGGCAAAACAACUCUUGCUAGAGCCUUUUAUGAGCAAGAGCGGCAGCGCAAAAACUUUGAGACUCACUGCUUCCUUGAUAAUAUUAGAGAGGCAUGGGAAAAAGAAGGUUUGAUUUCAUUGCUAAGAAAACUUCUUUCGUCUCUAGAAAAAAAGAGUAUGGAAGUGGCUGAUUCUUAUGAAGGAAUGGAGUUAAUAAAGAGAAAGUUGACUGACAGAAAAAUUCUACUUGUCCUUGAUGAUGUGAGUGAUCCUAGCCAACUUGAAAAUUUGGCUCCAAAGCAAGGAUGGUUCAGCGAAGGGAGCAUAAUAAUAAUAACAACUAGGGAUAAGCAUUUGUUAUCAUCACACGGUGUAUCUGCUGUGUAUGAAUUCAAAUUAUUGAGCGAUAAAGAGUCUCUUGAACUUUUCCUUGAAAAAGCUUUUAAAGAAGAGCAUCCUAAUGAAGGUUAUUUGAAACUUGCUAGAACCGUCAUUGAGUAUGCUAGAGGCCUUCCUUUAGUGCUCACAGUGUUAGGUUCAUCUCUUUGCAAAAGACCUAUAGAGGAAUGGAAGGAUGAACUAGCUAAGCUCAAGAAAAUUCCUCCAAAGGACAUUUUGAAGAUACUUCGGGUGAGUUUUGAUGGACUGGAUGAUCAGCAGAAAACCAUAUUCUUGGAUGUUGCUUGCUUUUUCAAUGGGAUGGACAAAGAUCAUGUCAUACAAAUUUUAGAAACUUUGGAUAAGGGUAUUCGCCCAGAAACUGAGAUAAAUGUUCUCAUUAAGAAAUCACUAAUAAUUAGUUAUGAAGGGCAUUUGUGGGUGCAUGAAAUUCUCCGAGAUAUGUGUAAAUAUAUUAUCUAUCAAGAAUCACCUUAUGAUGCCGGCAAGCGUUCCCGGAUAUUGUCUUUGGAGGAUGCCAAUCACGGGACAGAAGCAAUUCGAGGAAUAGCGCUAACAUUGGAAAAGUCAUGUGAUGCAUUCUGGGAUCCUGAAUCCUUCUCAAAGAUGAGUAAUCUUAGGUUACUUACGAUUUCAAGUCCCUCACAUGUUUCACAUUGCCAAUUAAAUCUUCUGCAUGGGCUCAAAUCCCUUUCUAGUGACUUGAGAGUCAUAGAAUGGUCUCUCCCAAGCCUGAAGUCCCUCGAUCUAUCUCAUUCAAAAUGCCUCAUCGAAGUCCCAAAUUUUGAUGGAAUUCCUCAUCUUGAAAAGUUGAUUCUUGAAGGGUGUUCUAACUUGGUUGAAAUUCACCCCUCUCUUGGGCAACACAAGAAACUUGUCACUGUUGACUUGAAAGAUUGCAAAGAAGUUAAAACCCUUCCAGAAAAAUUUGAGAUGAAUGGCUUGGAGACUUUUAUUCUAUCGGGUUGUUCAAAAGUUAGAAAACUUCCUGUGUUUGGAAAAGAUAUGACACGUCUAUCUAAGCUUGAUUUAGAGAAGACUGCUAUAGCCAAACUACCUCAAUCGUUGGGCAAUUUGAUUGGUCUUGUUAAAUUAAAUUUGACGAACUGCAAAAAGCUGGUCUGUCUUCCAUGUAGUGUUAGUAAGUUGAAAGCUCUGAAAGUUAUCAAAAUGUCUCAAUGCUCAAAGUUUUCAAGGCUGCCAGAGAACUUGAAUGAAAAUGAAGCUUUGGAAAAGCUGGAUUUGAGUCUCAUUGCUAUACAAGGGUUAUCAUUUAGUGACUACAACGGUGAAGCACAAUCUUCAUCAUCGUGGAGUUGCUUAUCCCUUCUUCAAAGGCCUUCAAGCUCCAACAAGUUUUUGUUGCCGCCGUCUUUGUCAUUCUUGAAAGAAUUAGACUUAAGGUUUUGCGGUCUCCAUGAUGGAUCACUUCCUGAUGACAUCAGCAGGUUAUCAUCAUUGGAAAUUUUAAAUCUAAGUCAAAACAAUUUCAUUGACUUACCAUCUGGCCUCAUUUCCAAUCUCUCGAAGCUUAAAUGUAUUGGUCUCUUUUAUUGUCCAAGGCUUCGGUCUUUGCCGCAACUUCCGUCAAAUCUAUCACUUGUGUGGGCUGAUUGUUCUUCAUCAAUGAAACAUUACGGAUGUGCACAUCAAUUAUGGGAUUUUAUUGAAUCAUUUCAACCUCAGGUUCACAACCAUUUAAAUUUGGAGUCAGCAUUUAUAACAGGGUAUUCAGAAACUUUUUAUUACCUCAGGCAUUGUACUCGCCUAUUAACAAUUCUAGGUAGCGAAGUUCCAUCAUGGUUUUAUAAUCAAAACUACUUUUGUGAGAAAGAAUUCCGGUGGUGUCCAAAUGUGUCGUUCAUGAUAAAUAUAUCCCCUGAUUAUUGUGGUUCACGUGAAUGGUGGGGCAUAGCCAUAUGCUUAGUCAUAGAACACGAUCUCACAUUUGGAGAGGGGUGGGAUGAAAUUUGGUGGAGCUGCAGAUUUCGUAAUGAUGAAUCUCCAAACUGGUAUUACGCACAUGAUUCUUCUUUCCAUACGGUCUGGACUCCUAGGCUUUUUGUGAGAUAUAUUCCUUGUUCCUCUUUGGUUGUCAACGGACUUCAAAUGGUAUUUUUCUCUAAGAAUGCAACGGAAAAUAAGUCACCAAGGAUGAAAAUAAGCAAGUGUGGGUGGCGAUUGGUGUGUAAAGAAGAUGUUGAAGCUUGGCGAAGAACAAGGGACGAAGGCUGUAGUAUCAUCAAUAACUACAUGAAGAUUGAUCCAGACAUCAACAAUGGAGGUUAUAGUCCCUCGCCGAGACGUGAUGAUAUUAUUGUAGAAGCAGAUGGCGCCUAUUCUCAGUUAGAUGACAAAGCAGCUUGUGGAGGCAUUCUUAAAGAUGGCCACAAUUGUAUGAAGGAGGCGUUUCUUCUGAAAUUAAGUGGUGGAGAUACCCUCACAGCCAAACUAUGGGGUUGCUUGAUGGGUCUCAAAAGAGCUUGGGACGCUGGUAUUGGAGAUGUUAUCUUGAGAAGCGACUCCGCUGAGGCUGUUCGAUUGAUCAAAUUUGAAGUCCCUGAGACGCACAAGGAUAUUGCUCUCAUCAUGGAAAUCAAAGGGAUGCUAGAGUGGGAUUGGUUUGUGGAUAUCCAGGUCUUUCACAGGGACGGCAAUGGCAUUGCUUAUUUACUUGCUAAAAGAGCACUUAAUGGAGCAAUGGGUCUGCAAAUACUGGGCCCCAGGACAAUGAUGAAAAUAUUACAGGCCACUGAUGUUAUACAACCUGAAGUUGAGAAAGAUGGAGGUUAUACUCAAUGCUCCAGACAUCAUGGUCAGUUCGUUGUUGAAGAAGAUGAGUCUAUACUUCCAAGGUACGUAGAUCAACCCUUCUGGUUUUAG